UAAGUUUCAAAGAGAGCGAGUUGUAAGGAUCAGAAUUGCACGGACUUCAGUCUUCGCACACGUACCACUGAAUAUAGCGGUCACUCAUUGUAACUAAGCCAUGGAGCAAUCUCUUGGUCUGGGCAAACCCCAUAGCCAGUAUGUAGUCAGUGAUGUCUUAGGAAUCGAGAGCUUGGCAACUUCCUCCUCUAAGUUCCCCUCCUUGGUUUACAGAAGUUAUCAGACUCCAUCGGCAGACCUCCAAGCACCAUCAGAUCCCCAAGGACAUGCUGAUGGUGAAAGCUCUGUUACAGUGAGGAGAAAGCAACGUAGAAAUCGUACCACAUUCACAAAGCAACAAUUGCAAGAACUAGAAAAAGUAUUUGAUAAAAAGCAUUACCCAGAUAUCGCCCUCAGAGAAGAGCUUGCUGCCAAGAUUAACAUCAGCGAGGCGCGAAUCCAGGUUUGGUUUCAAAACAGACGAGCCAAAUGGCGAAAGAGACAAAACCCGUCGCAGAGUUUUACGAAAAAAGUGCGCUAUCAAAGCGAAAAACUUGGACCGCACCUGCCAAUUGCUCCCAGACCAAGUAUUCCCUGUGGACCACCGAACUACUUCCUUGGUUUACCGGGUGCAGUUCCUGUGAGCGCCCAUCACCACACAUAUCCAGGCAUUUUGACUUCUCUCAACGCUACAAACUCUAGUUACAUGUCUUCAUCGCAGCUACCAAUGCACAACGGUACGCUUUGGCCUUGCCAAGGCGCCGCUUUCUCAAGCCAUGCCGAACAACCUAAGAUGGCGCUGGAAGCGUUAAGAAUGAAGGCGAAGUCACACGCCUCUUCAAUGUCUGCGUUUGAAUUCGUUCCAUCGUACCAUUAGUUCACGGCUUACGCUACCUUGCCGAGCAAGAGAAAAAAUAGAACGAGAACGGUCCACCGAUGUAAAGUCAACGAAGAAUAUUGUUUUUGACAAACAGUUGAAAUAGCCAAAGAUUAACUUGAAAUGUCAAGGUGAAGCACUAUAGAAAAGUGCGAGAACUUGGGCGCAAAUAGUAGCAUUUUGAUAUGAGUAUUUCCUUUCAGCUAAGUCAGUGGAUAUAAGAACUCUUUUGGCUGAAAAGAGAAUUGUAAAAUUACCGAAAAACAAUCAUAGAAUUCUCGAUGAAUUUACGAUCAUUUGUAGUAUAUUAGAUUUUUAUAUUACAAAAAAAUUGCAAGACAUUUUAUCACGAAAGGUUUUCGCCUUGGUAGAGUAUUAAGCUUUACCCAAUAUAAAAUAAGAACGCACUUUAUUUAAGAUGUACUUUAUGCCUAUUUGCGCUAUUAGUAAAUUUUCUUUUGAAAGACUGUCAAUGGAAGCUCAUUAAUGAAGCCGUGAAUACUUCCAAGGCUUUUUCGCUUCGCCCCGCCUGGAACUUACAAACCCUAAGGUGCUAACAUACCUUAAGCAAGUACAUUUUCAACUAGCAAUUUCAAUAACUGUAUUAUCCAUAAACUAAAACAAUAUUAACGCCCUGGUACCACAUACAAGAAGAAAAAGUGAGAAUUAUUCUGUAAGAAAAGAUUAGAAAUCACCAAAACCUCAACAGGGAUGAAACUCAGUCAGUAACAUUUUAGUUCUUAUGAAUUUUCAGGGUCAAAGUAGUGAAGUAUUCUUCCUGUUUCUAAUAACUGUAUAGUUUGCUUUUGCGCUGAAUCAAUAAUUUAUGAAAGCUAAAUUUAUGCUAUGGAUAUAAAGAGAAUGGUCAGAAAUACGUCAGUAACAAAUAGCGUGCAUGUUAAUAGAAAUGGAAAAACGGACAAAUUUUUCUGAGAUCUUGAACUCAAACGAAGUUUAUCUCUUGUCUCAAAAAACAACAAACCGACACUAUUCAUUACUUUAAAAUGGAAUAACCACGUAACUUUUUAUACUUCACCGACAUAAUCCAUUAGAUCAAAUUUUCACAAUAAAGGAAAUUAAACACUUUAUAGUGAUGCGACCGUGUUCUCCUGAAAAGACAAUAAUUACAACAACAUUUACUUAACGGAGGUACAGUUUUUAGUUCGUUCAGAAGUCCUCAUGGAUAAGUACAAACUUACACGAAAGUUUAGUAAGUUACUUUGUUAUCAUUAAUCUCGCAAACAAGACUGAAAUGAUGUAAAAAGCCGGAAAAAUUCAAAUAAAAGUACUUACAAAACGUUA